UUUAAAAUCAUAUUUCAUAAUUUUUGUUUAGCAUUUUUGGAUUACUGCGAGGAAAAUGGGAAUUUUGAGUUAUUUAUUGGGAAUCAUUGGAUUUGGAAUUGGAAUCCCAAUUGGCAUUUUACUGGGUUUCUUCAUAUUCAUUUACCGGAAACCUGAACAAGUAAAGGAUCCUAUAAUCAGACCACUCCAUGAGUUGGAUACUGAUUCUUUACUCGACCUUUUGCUAGAGGUUCCUAUGUGGAUGAAGCAUCCCGAUUAUGAUCGAAUUGACUGGUUGAACAUGUUUGUAUUAGAUAUUUGGCCUUACCUUGACAAGGCAGUAUCUAACUUAAUAAGAAGCAUGGCGAAUCCUAUGUUCGAAGAGUACGUUGGCAAAUUCUAUAUAAAGUCUAUAGGUUUUAAGUGCUUGAAUCUUGGAAAUCUUCCUCCUACAGUUCAUGGUAUCAAAGUGCAGGAAACAAAUGAGAAAGAAUUAGUAAUUGAGCCUGCAGUUCGAUGGGCAGGGAAUCCUGACAUAACCCUUGAGUUGAAACUUUCAUCUUUACCAAUCACAGUACAGUUGUUGGAUGUUCAAGUACUUGCAGCACCGCGAAUAACCUUGAAGCCUCUAGUGCCUGCUUUCCCUUGUUUCGGGAGCAUAUUUGUUUCUUUGUUGGAAAAGCCGCGUGUAGAUUUCGGGUUGAAGAUACUUGGACUUGAUGUUAUGGCAAUCCCUGGCUUGUAUCAAUUUAUUCAGGAAUUGAUAGGAAAACAAAUUGCUAGUCUCUAUCUCUGGCCAAAAAUCCUUGAUAUACAGGUUCUUGAUGAUUCGAUAGGAGCCACGAAGAAACCUAUAGGGAUUCUGCAUGUGAAGAUCAUACAGGCACUUGAACUUUUGAAGAUGGACUUGUUGGGAGCUUCUGAUCCUUAUGUGGAGCUCAGGUUGUCAGGAGAGAGGCUUUCAGCAAAGAAAACUUGUGUUAAGACCAAAAACCUUAAUCCUGAGUGGAAUGAGCAUUUCAAAUUUGCUGUCAAAGAUCCUGAGUCUCAAGUCCUUCAAUUACACGUUUAUGAUUGGGAACAGGUUGGCAAUCAUGAUAGGUUGGGAAUGCAACAAGUUCCACUUAGAUUGCUUACUCCAUAUGAAACUAAAAACUUUACGCUUGAUUUGGUUAAGGAUAUAAAUUCUGACGAUCCCCAGAAUGGAAAUUACAGAGGGAAACUUGUUGUGGAGAUGACAUUUAGUCCUUUUAAGGAAGAUAGCGGAAGAUCUAGUGAACAUUUAGAGAAUUAUGUAAGGAAGAGAAGUGAAGAUAGAAGUAUAAAAGAGGACAUUUUUGUACAUAGAGGUGGUUUGCUUCUAGUUAUGGUCGAACGAGCCGAAGAUGUCGAGGGAAAUUAUCAUAACAAUCCUUAUGCAUUGGUUAUAUUCAGGGGAGAGCAGAAGCAAACAAAGUUUAUUAGGAAAACAAGAAAUCCAAAUUGGAAUGAAGAAUUCCAGUUUGUGCUGGAAGAGGCACCUCUAAAGGAAAAGAUCCAUAUUGAAGUCAUGAGCAAAAGAACAGGAUUCAGCUUUCGAGCCAAGGAAACACUAGGAUAUGUGGAUAUUAAUCUUAUGGAUGUGGUUUAUAAUGGUCGCAUCAAAGACGAAUAUCAUCUUAUCAAUUCCAAAAAUGGAGUUAUAACUGUUGAUAUUAGGUGGAAAGGUCUCUAGUUAAGGAGCAACUUGUAAAAUCAUUCUUUUAUAUCAUUGUGGCCAAGUGUUUGUCUUGGGAAUUUUAAUGUAUAAAAAGAAAUGUGUUGAAACAGAAUAUGUAUGCGUAGUUGCAGACAUGUUCAAAGAAUGAAAAUGAAAUACCCAAGUUCAAGUUCA